UCCACGGGUUUAAACGUUCGUUAGCAGACACGCCUUUUAUUUUGUUAGAAGCGUGGACGGAAGCGAGAGCGACACCGCUGCUGGACCUCUUGCAGCGAUUCACAGAUCAAACAUGGACGUCACAUGUGAGCCAAUGACCUAAACAUGAUCGUCGCAGUCUUCUGUGUGACGAACCAGCAAGAAGAGCAGUCUUGCCAGCAGAGACGGGACAAUCAGCGGCAUGACAGAGGAGAAAUGUCCCCAGCUGGUGGACUACUUUGUGGUGGCAGGACUCGACCCUGCGGGAACCUGGAGACCCCUGGACGACGAUGCCAAGACAGUCUCCUCACUGCCCUCGCCGGGCCGGGCGGCAGAGCCAGUGACUGACCUGGCGGUGAUCGCUCGAGGGCUGGGGGAGGAAGUGCCAGAGGGCUUCACAUGCAUCGAUAAGUCGCUGGGCGGACACUCGGCCGAGCUGACCGCCGGCCUCAUCAACAACCCCCACCUGUACCUGUGCUACAGAAGAGGGCGGGACAAACCCCCCAUCCUGGACCUGGGGGUGUUGUAUGAGGGCAAGGAGCAGCUGAAGUCGGGCUGGUAUGUCAUCGAGACCACACCCUACAGUCGCUCUGCCAAUCUGAGCUCCGGCGCUGGACCAGCGGCGCACCGCGUCUUCCUGACAUACCGGCGAGCUUUGGACUCGCAGGGCCUGCACUCGCUGGGUGUGACUGACAUUGGUGUGAUGCUGCCCGGCAAGGGAGAGGUGGCGCCACACACCUUCUGUCGUGUGGACAAGAACCUCAACACGGGCAUGUGGGGGGCCGCUGUAUUUGUGUGCUACAAGCGAGCUGUAGCCAAAGCAAACGCAUUGGUUUACAAGGCCGGUCUGCUUAGCCGCUACCCAGAAGACGACCAGGAAGCCUUUCCCUUGCCAGAGUCUGUGCCCGUCUUCUGUCUGCCCAUGGGCGUGGCUGUAGAGAGCUGGCCUCUGAAUGCCAAGUACCAGCUGCCCGUCUUUUCCACCUUCGUGCUCACAUCUGCCUGCGGAGACAAGGUGUACGGUGCCGCCAUUCAGUUCUACGAGGCGUUCCCAAAGGAGGUUCUGUCAGAGCGUCAAAGCGUGCGACUGGGCCUGCUCAGCGUGGUGGACCGCCGACCGAUUGCAGAGCGCACCCUGCAGGUGAAGAAGAGCAUCUGUGUGCUGUCCCACUGGCCCUUCUUCACCGUCUUCCAGAAGUUUCUCACCUUUGUCUACAGAUACUCCAUCUCUGGUCCGCAUGUCCUACCUUUGGAGAAACACAUCUCCAGCUUCAUGCACAACGUUCCCUUUCCAUCCCCCCAGCGACCCCGCAUCCUUGUUCAGCUGUCCCCAUAUGACAACCUUCUUCUCUGCCAGCCUGUCUCCUCACCGCUACCCCUCAGUGGGGCGAGCUUCCUGAAGCUGCUGCAGAACCUGGGUGCGGGGAAUACAUGCACGCUCCUGCUGGCUGUGCUGACAGAACACAAAGUUCUACUGCACUCGCUGCGUCCUGACGUGCUGACGGCGGUCAGCGAGGCGCUGGUGUCCAUGACGUUUCCGCUGCGCUGGCUGUGUCCGUACAUCCCGCUGUGUCCGCUCCAGAUGGCAGAAGUGCUGCUGGCGCCGGUGCCCUUCAUUGUCGGUGUGCACUCCAGCUACUUUGACUUCUACGACCCCCCUGCUGACGUGGUGUGCGUUGACCUGGACACCAACACUGUGUUCCAAUCAGAGGACAAGAAGCCGUUGUCAUGGCGAUCGUUACCCAGGAAACAAAGCAAGACUCUGUUCAACACCCUCACAAACCUCCACAAGACGCUGGAGAAGAUUUGCUGCCCCAGCCAGGAGGAGGCAACACUGGAGUUCCUCCUGACAGAUUUUGACCAGAUGUACCGGCGCCAGAAGCAGCUGGAGUUGGAGAUCCAGGAGGCCUUUCUGCGCUUCAUGAGCUGCCUGCUGCGAGGUUACCGCUCCUUCCUGUUGCCCAUCACACAGGCACCCUCUGACACUGCCACCGACUGCAGCUCCCUCUUCAACCUGCAGGGCUUCCUAAAGUCUCGCGAGCGCACGCAGCAGAAGUUCUUCUCGCAACUGACACGGACGCAAAUGUUCACGCAGUUCAUUGAGGAGUGUUCCUUCGUCAGCGAACGCCACGUCUGCCUUGAGUUCUUUGACGAGUGCGUCCAAAAGGUGGACGUGGAAAAACCGGAGGACGUGCGGCUCAUCGACCUGGACGAGACUCCCUGUGGAGAACACACAGUCUUCAUCAUGCCGCCAGAGGAACCACAGGAAGCUGACGGGUCAGAGUGCCCCGCCCUCUACAGUUACGAGACCUUCCCCACAUUGAGGGCGGAGCUCUUAGAGCGUCCGCAGGACCAGCUCCGUGUCCCUGCCAAAGGUAGUGCCCCCAGCAGCCCCGCUCCCCGACGCACGAAACAGGAGAUCAAGUUGGCACAGAAGCGUGCUCAAAAGUACUCAGCGGUCGCAGACAUGUGGUCCAAAUGUCUUCUGGGUCACAUGUAUGGUUUGUGGUUCAUCUACCUGCCCACCUACGUGCGUGCACAGAGCAGCAAAGUGCGUGCGCUGCAUGCGGCCUAUGACGUGCUCAAACACAUGGAGAACCGCAAAGUGGUGCUACCAGACGAGGUGUGUUACAGGAUCCUGAUGCAACUGUGCGGUCAGUACGGGCAACCUGUCCUCGCCGUGCGGGUCCUUCUGGAGAUGAAGAAGGCAGGAAUCACACCCAAUACCAUCACCUACGCAUACUACAACAAGGCGGUCCUGGAGAGCAAAUGGCCAUCAACCAAUCAGGGCGGACGUUUGCGUUGGGCCAAGCUGAGGAAUGUCCUAAUGGCAGUCGCCCUCUUCAGGCAGCCCAUCAAACGACGCCACAAUGGCGGCUCGCUGGAGGUGCAUCCAGGACAAGCAGCGAUGGAUGAGCCCAGCAGGCUCCGCCCCUGCUCGUCUCUGAUUCGUCAGGCCAGUUGGAGUGGCCUGAGUGAAAGCUCCAGUCAUGAAUCUCUGACGGGCUCGUUAGCGAAGAGCAACAGCCUGAGCAGCGUCAAGACACGAGGAGCGACCAACUCAUUUUCAACAGAGGUCAAAGCGAGCAAGAAGACUGCGAUCUGGCAGGCAGGUGCUGCUAAACCCCCCCUGGCGUGCAGAGACGUCUCCACAUUGCCCACAGCGCCCCCUGUUGGCACUCUGGUGCGCCGUAGUGAAAUCUGCCUAUCCUCCUUUUACGCCGAGCCGGCAGAGUCCCAGCUGGAAUGCGACAGCCAUCGGGCUCCGAGGGCAACCGUAACAAAUGCAGCAGUGGACGAGAACGACAACAACGUGUCCUCGCCCAGCAGAGGACUUGCGGGAAAGCUCCAGCAGCUCCUCACACCUACACGCCACAGAUCGGCAGUGCGACGGGCCGCCAGUGUGGAUGAGCGACGAGGAGGGGCGUCAGGGCGAAGGGUGUCGGAGCAGCGUCAGUCCAAGAAGUCUCAAGUUGCUGAAACACUGCUGAAAGCCAAGGAGCGUCUGGCCAACGCUACCUCAGAGAGUUCACUCUCGGUCGGAAGUGACCUGGACUUGGCGGAGACGGCAAGCGUAACGUGUCCACUACGCAAUUCUUGGGAUGCUAGUCAAGAGGGCGCGGGACUUGAGGUGUUGAUGUCCAGCUGCUCACGGUGUCGCUCGUGCAACUCGCUGGUGUACGACGAGGAGAUCAUGGCAGGAUGGACGUCGGAUGACUCCAACCUCAACUCUUCCUGCCCUUUUUGCUCUGCUUCCUUUGUGCCCUUCCUCAACGCCGAGAUCAGCGACCUCGGACCCAUCAGCAGUGGCGAACGCAGCAAGUGGAAUGCCGAGGAUGAGGUGGAGAGCGCUGGCGGGCCCCCCAGUGGUAAUGGGACAUCACCAUUUUUUCAGUGUAACGGCGCAGGGGAAGAUGUCGCCUCCGAGACCAGUGUCAGAACCACGGUAACCGCAGUAACGCUCAACCGAGCCCCCCUUUCCUCCCUCGUCCCACUGACUAUAUGCUUCCCCCUGCAGGCCACGAUGGGGGGCGUGGCCCCGCAAGUGACUGUGGCCUACGUGAGCCCGCUGGUGCUGCGGAAGGAGCUGGAAAGCCUCCUGGAGAAUGAGGGCGAGGCAGUGCUGGCGCAGCCUCAGUUCUUGGAAAGCCACUGCAUCAUCUUCUGGAACCUCCUGUGGUUCUUCCAGCGGCUUGGCCUGCCCAGUCACUUGCUACAGCUCAUACGGGGCUCGCCGCUGCUCAGCCCAACCCUGCAGUCGGAGGGCGUGACGCUGAGGGUGAAGCUCCUCUGGGACACACUGACCCCGGACCCAGACACCUGGCCCCCCCUCUACGUGCUCUGGAGGCUCCACAGUGGCAUUCCCAUGCGAAGCUUCCGCUGGCGCCGCCACAAUCACCCGUUUACACUGUCCUUUCUGGAGGAGGUCCUACGCUGGGUGGGCAUGAACGAGGUCCACAAGGCCAUCACGCUCUUCCUUGACACGCUAGCCAAACAGCCUGUGCCGCCCCGCCUCCAGAGGAGCGUAUACCGCGAGUUCCUCUUCCUCACGCUGGCCGCCAUGGGCAAGGACCACGCCGCCGCCUUUGAUAAGAAGUACAAGACGGCGUACUCGCGCUUGGGCAGCGUUCUCGGAAAAGAUGAGCUUCGCAGGAAACGAGCUCAGCCUCCCAGCGCCAAGGCUGUCGACUGCAGACGCAGCUUCCACCCGCCGCUGGAGUGCUGACUACCCAGCAUGCUCUGCUGCCACCCUCUGCUGGACAACACCACGCGUAGCUUUGAAUGAAGAAGUCAAAAAAGGAGAAGGAUCUGUGACCUCCUGCUAAGUUUUGGUGGAGAAAAUGGAGAACAUUUCAGAUAGUGUCGGCCAUGUUGGUUGGUGUCCAGAGUGACAAAGAUGGCCGACGUCAGUGGGCUGGAAGCUGAAAGGAUGGAAAAGUGUGACUGACUUCUUCCUCGUUUCGUUUUGCUUGGAUGCACUCAGUGCUGCCUCCUCGUCCUCCUUGAUCCUUCUCUCAUCAGGAAGUUCUGAUGUUGUCUCGUCACCAUCAAGGUUUACAUUGGUGGGAGGAGCAACGGUUGUGUCCGAGCGUGCUUGCUUUGUUGUCACGUGACAAUGUUCAGUUCCCGCCAUUUCAAGUUUACGCAACGAUAUUUCACUCCAACAAAAGAAAUGUGUGUUUUGGUUCCAAGACGUUUGCUUUGCCUCGAUGUUUGUGUAUUUAAAUAAACUCACUGUCGUCUUCUCUCACUAAUUUAUUCAUGGAAUUUUUUUUUUUUUUUUUUUACAAAAGAAAAUAAAAGUCAAGAACAAUUAACAUGUUUUUUAGACU